GUUCAACAGAAGAGUAAAUAUGCAGGGAAUGGAAUCAAGACGUACAAAUAUAACGCCUUGACGUUCAUCCCACUGAAUCUGUUCGAGCAGUUCAAACGAGCUGCCAACCUGUACUUUCUGGCCCUGCUCAUCUUACAGAUUAUUCCUGAGAUCACCACGUUGCCUUGGUACACCACCUUAGUGCCUUUAGUUCUGGUGCUGGGAAUCACAGCCAUCAAAGACCUGGUGGACGAUCUGGCCCGCCACAGGAUGGACAACGAGAUCAAUAACAGGAAGUGUGAAGUUCUCAUGGAUGGCAGGUUUCAAGUGUCGAAGUGGAUGAAUAUACAUGUCGGUGAUGUGGUUCGUCUGAAGAAAAAUGAUCACAUCCCGGCUGACAUUCUGUUGUUGUCCAGUUCAAAUCCCAACAGUCUUUGUUAUGUUGAAACAGCCGAGCUCGAUGGGGAAACCAACCUGAAGUUUAAAAUGGGUCUGAAAGUGACAGACGAGAGACUGCAGGAGGAGCAACAGCUGGCACAGUUUGAUGCCAUGAUAGUGUGUGAGGAGCCUAACAACCGUCUGGAUAAGUUCACGGGGACCAUGCGUUGGAGAAAAGACCGAUUCCCUCUGGAUCUGGACAAUAUGAUGCUGAGAGGAUGUAGGAUCAGAAACACUGACGAGUGUCACGGACUGGUCAUCUUCGCAGGCGCUGACACUAAAAUCAUGAGGAAUGGGGGCAAGACCAGAUUCAAGAGGACUAAAAUCGAUGAAUUGAUGAACUACAUGGUGUACACUAUCUUUGUAAUCCUGGUCCUGUUGUGUGCUGGCCUGGCCAUCGGAAACACCUUCUGGUAUGAGGAAGUAGGUAGCAAGGCUUGGUAUCUGAAUGACGGUAAAAACCAGACUGCUUCUUACAGAGGUUUCCUCAGCUUCUGGGGGUACAUCAUCGUGCUCAACACCAUGGUUCCCAUCUCCCUCUACGUCAGUGUGGAGGUGAUUCGUUUGGGCCAGUCCAAAUUYAUCAACUGGGACCUUCAGAUGUACUACCAGGAGAAAGACACCCCAGCCAAGGCCCGCACCACCACCCUCAACGAGCAACUGGGUCAGAUCGAAUACAUCUUCUCAGACAAGACCGGUACCCUCACGCAAAACAUCAUGGCCUUCAAGAAGUGCACCAUCGCUGGACGUACCUUUGGUGACCCUGCUAAUGUUGAGGGUGUACCUCUGGAUCGUGGGAAGCCAGUGGACUUUACCUGGAACAAGUACGCAGACAGGAAGUUUGAGUACCUGGAUCAUUCCCUGGUGGCCUGCAUCCGGUCCAAGAAGGACAAAGACACCCUGGAGUUYUUCAAGCUGCUGUCUCUGUGUCACACUGUCAUGGUGGAACAGAAAGAAGAUGAGUUGGUGUACCAGGCAGCCUCUCCUGACGAGGGGGCUCUGGUGACAGCUGCCAGGAACUUUGGUUUUGUGUUCCUGUCCCGUACCCAGGACACCAUCACCAUCAGCGAGAUGGACCAGGAGAUGACCUAYGAGAUGCUGGCCCUGCUCGACUUUAACAGCGACCGUAAACGCAUGUCCAUCAUCCUGAGGUUCCCUGACGGUCGGAUCCGUUUGUAUUGCAAAGGAGCAGACACGGUCAUCUACGAACGCCUCUCUCCUAAAUCCAAACACAAGGAAGUGACCCAGACUGCUCUAGACAUCUUUGCCAACGAGACUCUCCGGACCUUGUGUCUGUGCUACAAGGAUAUCAGUAAGCAGGAGUUUGAYGCCUGGGCUAAGAAGCACAAGGCUGCCAGUGUUACUAUGGGCAACAGGGAGGCUGCUCUAGAUCGAGUGUAUGAACAAAUCGAGAGCAACCUCAUGAUGAUCGGAGCGACUGCCAUCGAGGACAAGCUACAGGACGGGGUUCCUGAGACCAUCGCCAAGCUGGCAAAGGCUGACAUCAAGAUCUGGGUUCUGACUGGAGAUAAGAAAGAAACGGCUGAGAACAUUGGCUAUUCCUGUGAGCUGCUUACCGACGGUAUGCAGAUCCACUAUGGAGAGGAUGUCAAUGAGAAGCUGCGGCUCAGACAGGCGAACAGAAGGGAUCAGCCGCCUGCGUUCGGUCGGACCAGGAAGAAAGUACCRGAUCCGUUCUUCCCUGAGCCUGGCAGGAACGCCCUCGUCAUCACUGGAGGCUGGCUGAACGAGAUCUUAUACGAGAAGAAAAAGAAGCGUCGCCGUUUUCGACUGAAGCGUCUCGGUAAGAGACCUGCCUCCGCCACGCCCCAGGAUGCCGCCCAGCCAAUCGACGACUGGGAGAAGGAGACCCGUCAGGUGGACUUUGUGAACAUGGCGUGCGAGUGCGAAGCGGUCAUCUGCUGUCGUGUCACGCCCAAACAGAAGGCCAACGUGGUCAGCCUGGUGAAGAAGUAUAAGAAGGCCGUGACGCUGUCCAUCGGCGACGGAGCCAACGACGUCAACAUGAUCAAGACUGCAGACAUCGGUGUGGGUAUAUCCGGUCAGGAGGGCAUGCAGGCGGUGAUGUCCAGUGACUAUGCCUUCGCUCAGUUCCGCUACCUGGAGCGUCUCCUGCUGGUCCACGGCCGCUGGUCCUACAUCCGCAUGUGCAAGUUCCUCCGCUUCUUCUUCUUCAAGAACUUUGCCUUCACCCUGGUCCACUUCUGGUACUCCUUCUUCAAUGGGUUCUCAGCUCAGGUUGCCUAUGAAGACUGGUUCAUUACUUUAUACAACGUGAUGUACAGCUCCCUUCCCGUCCUGUUGGUUGGCUUAUUGGAUCAGGACGUGAACGACAAACUGAGUAGAAAGUUCCCCAAGUUAUACCUUCCGGGUCAGCAGGGGGCGCUGUUCAACUACAAGAACUUCUUCAUCAGUCUGUUCCACGGCAUCUUCACCUCUCUGGUGAUCUUCUUCAUCCCGUACGGGGCGUUCCUCCAGACCAUGGGGCAGGACGGAGAGGCACCCUCAGACUACCAGUCCCUCGCUGUGGUCAUGGCUUCCUCUCUCAUCUUCACMGUCAACAUGCAGAUAUCUCUGGAGACGUCAUACUGGACCUUUGUGAACUGCUUCGCCGUCCUCUGCAGUAUAGCCAUAUACUUCGGCAUCAUGUUCGAUAUCCACAGUGCAGGAAUCCACGUCAUCUUCCCGUCAACCUUCACUUUCACCGGAGUGCCUCUAACGCACUCAGACAGCCCUAUCUGUGGCUGACCAUCAUCCUGACUGUGGGGAUCAGCCUGCUUCCUGUCAUCUGUAUUCAGUUCCUCUACAAAACCAUAUGGCCGUCCGUUGGAGACAACGUAAGACCUGCUGUACUACA